GCGAACGAAUUGCCGCACGAAGCAACGUUCAAGUUCGCAGACCAUACGAAAGCUAAUUUCGCUGUUCUAUAAAUUCGAAUUAAUUGUACCAAUUACGUAUUACUUUAUUUUAAUGUAAACGAACGUGACACGAUCGUUGCUCGCAACGAUCCUCGAUUUGAUCGAGUAAUCUAGAACGUGUUGCAUCGUGUUUCCUCGCUACGAGGCUUACAUUACUAAUACGUGAUCGAAUAAAAACUAAAUCAACUAAUUAUAUACCGUUGACUAAAAGUGCACGCCGUGCAAACACCAGUGACUGAUAAUUGAAAAAGCAGUCGUUCGACGAUGAUCAUUUGAAAAAUACACGCAAAGGAGUUUAAUAGUGCAACGUAAUUGCCGUAAAGCGAUCGAACAGCAUUUUAUGUAACUCGAAUUUGUGGGGAGUGUAUGUCGACAUGAGGUCUUUGCCGAAUAAGGAAACCGACCAAAGGUAUGAAGACCGAGAUAAGUAAGCCAGAAGAAAUUAUACGAUGACAACGUUUGCUGAAUUUGCGGGAAACUCUGCCAUGACCGUCUUACCAGCCUGCGACAAUCUGACUAUUUCUGUCGAGUAUUCCCGUGGACCUGGUCUCGGUCUGGAUUCACAAACAUGGCACAAUAUCAGCGAACUCAAGCACCAAGUUCACUACAAUUUGCUAAACAAUGUAACAUGUUUGGAACACGCGCCGCAACUAACGAACAGAACCCUGUUCAAGGUUAUCGUUUUAUCCAUCAUGGCGAUCCUCAGCUUUAUGGCGAACGUGGCGACCAUUUAUUCAAUCGCAAGAAGCCGUCGUCGCCGGCACAGUUGGUCCGCAAUUUACACGCUGAUUUUACACCUGGCCGUAGCUGAUCUAUUGGUCAGCGUGUUCUGCAUAGGCGGCGAAGCAGUAUGGAGCUACACAGUAGAGUGGAUAUGGGGGAACAUUGCGUGUAAACUAUUCAAAUACUUACAAAUGUUCAGCCUAUACCUAAGCACGUUCGUGCUCGUAUUGAUUGGCGCAGAUCGUUUCAUUGCCGUGAGAUAUCCCAUGAAGGGACUGAACACGUCUAACAGAUGUUGCAGGCUAAUUAUCAUAGCAUGGAUACUGUCUCUCAUCUUAGCAGCACCUCAGCUUUUUAUAUUCCACAUAGCCAAGGGCCCAUUUAUUGAAGACUUCACACAAUGUGUAACCCACGGUUUCUACACAAAACAUUGGCAGGAGCAACUUUACGUGUCCUUUAGCUUAUUCUUCAUGUUCGUUCUUCCACUAAUCAUUCUUGUAACAACCUAUGUUUCUACAGUGAUCACAAUCUCGCAGAAUGCGAAAAUCUUCAAACUGAAGUCGACUAACAAUAAUAUUUAUCACAUGAACGGAGAUAUAAACAGAAGGAAAUUGAUGCAUCGAGCUAAGGCCAAGUCGUUGAAACUCAGCAUCGUCAUUGUAGCUGCCUUUAUCAUAUGGUGGACCCCUUAUUACGCUAUGAUGAUCAUUUUAAUGUUCCUCAAUCCUAAUAAACAUCUCAGUGAAGAAUUAUUAAGCGGAAUAUUCUUCUUCGGCAUGAGCAACAGUUUAGUAAAUCCAUUAAUUUAUGGUGCUUUUCAUCUAUGGUCUCGAAGAAAUCGUAAUAAUUCCUAUCACAGGGAUUUAUCCACGACACAACGUAGACUUACGCCGACGAUCAACAAUGAUAGUAGCUUCAAACGAGGAUCGCGAGAAACCCGAGUACCAUUUCUAUCAAAAAAUAAUUCAAAUACUACUUUUUGAAAAAUAUUUUCUAUCAAAUAUUUGUGUUUAUCGACCGUAACGAUGUUACCAUAAAUACAACGUUUUGCGACAAAAAAUUUGUCGCAUUUGACACUCAAACUCGACUACACAAAACAUGAAAGGAACGUAGUUUUCUCUUCUAUUCAUGAAAGACGAAAUAAGUAUAGUCCUCACGAGUCAAGGAAGCACUUUCGUGUUUAUGUUCCCCCUCUUAAUAGCUGCCCCACUUCCACGCCGUAACUGCUUUCGACCAAUAGCGACCGAUAACUGCGGCAGUAGGCCAGCUAGUAAGGGGGGAAAUGUAAACGCAAAGGUACCUUCUUGUCGCGUGAUGACUAUACUUACAUAGAAAGCUAUACCUUAGCUUAUGAGUUUUAAUUAAACAAAGUAAUUCAAACAGUAAUCUUUUACGCUCGAGAGGUGACUCUGAGGUGAUACUAAAAAUUGCUACAUUAUUUUCAGAAGAAUUUUCACAUUAUUGAAUAUGUCUGUAUUCGACAAAUUAUCAAAUAAUAGAAGUCUUUUAUAAGCAUA